AUCGGGCCCAGCCCGAGCCGCCAGGCUCGAGCGUCGUCCGCAGCGCUCUAUGCGCGCGCACCCACCGUCCAACCGUCCUCCGCCCUACUCCGGAGAGUCCGCACCUCUCGGCCAAUCCGCUUCGGCCGCCUCUCGCCACACCCCCGGGCGAUGGCCCCGCGAGCCAUUCAGCGUGGCCGGCAUGACUGGCGCGAGGCGCUCGGGGCGGAGCCGGGCGCGGGGCGGGGGCGGGGCCGAGGCGUCCCGGCGGCGUCCGCCCGGCGCUCGAACACUCUGGCAUCGUUCGUUUCCCGGUGUGCCUGGCUUUUUCGCAGCUCCUCUGGCAUCCCGGCCGGAAUCCAAGGCACGAUGGGCGCGCGGGGCGGGGCGCGAGCGCUGGAGUACCUGCUGGGCCUCUACUUCGUGAUGCACGUCCCCAUCACGCUUCUCUUCGACAUGCAGGCGCUGGUGUCGGCUGAUUUGUACCCGACCGAGUUGACAGACAUGCUGAAGUGGUAUGUCCAGGCAUUUAAAGACCCCCUGAUGCUGAAGCCGCCAAGUUGGUUCAAGUCGUUUCUUUUUUGUGAGCUUGUGUUCCAGCUGCCUUUCUUUCCCUUUGCAGCAUAUGCCUUCUUCAAAGGAAGUUGCAAGUGGAUCCGCAUCCCUGCCAUUAUCUACUCAGUCCAUACCAUGACGACUUUAAUUCCCAUUGGCGCCCAUAUUCUGUUUGAGAAUUUUGCCCAAGGCCCCGGGACAUUCCAAGAACGCCUCAAUCUUUUAUCCAUCUAUGCCCCAUACUUCUUCAUUCCACUCAUACUCCUCUUUUUUAUGCUUUGGAGUCCUCACUACAGCACUGAAGAGAAGAGGAAAAGGAAAACAAGGUAAAGAACUGCUGGCAAGGGAGGGAGAGCCACUGGCCCUUGUUUGGGCACAGUCUCUCCAGCCCCCCCUUGAAACACAUCAGCAGCAACCCCCGAGAACAAGACAGCAGGUGGAAGAGCUCAUUCCAGGUUUCAUCUGCCAAGGGAAUUGUGAAAGAUUUAUUCCCUGAAGCUGGCCAGGGGAAGCUGAAGGGAAACAGUACUGAAUACCUAGUGUGUGCCUUAAAUGCCAUUUCAGAAUUACUCAAAGGGACACACCACCAGAAUCCCCAGAACUAGAGAUUCUUUGAAACUGUCUGAGUCAGAUGCUAGAGGUUAGUUUGACCUAUAAUCUGAAUGACCAACUACUUGGUGCUCUCUUCUCCAAGCCAUAUAAUGGGACUGAUUAAAAAAACACGUUUCACAAGCCAUUUUCCAAUUCUUCAAGAAAUUGUUUUUCUCAACCCAAAUCAGACCAAACUAGUGCAAAAAUACCUGACCUCUCAUAGACCCACAGGUCUAAUAAAUGAGUACUCCAAAAUCCUUGUCAAUUUCAGAUUUGUACUUUUAGAGCUAGUUUUAAAGAGUUAUAUAAAUUAUUCCCCCUCCAUUCUAGAAACAUUUCUUCACAGGGAAUGGGAUUCUUUAGGCUUUCUUUUUUUUUUUUUUUUAAGGGAAUUAAUGUUCAAUGGAAAAAGGCUUUUAAUUUUUUUUAAUUUUUGUUGAGGCAAUUGGGAGUUAACUGCCCAUGGUCACAUUGCUAGGAAGUGUUAAUGUCUGAAGCCAGAUUUGAACUCAGGUGCUCCUGACUUCAGGGCUGGUGCUCUAUCCCACUGGGCCACCUAGCUGCCCCCUAAAUAUUUAAGCAAGAAUCAUUCCCAUCAAACUCUUUGAUCACAAAUAUUCUGACUGGUGCUUUGAUUGAGUCUUUCUGAUUUCCAAGAAUUCUAGGGCUUGUCUUUUUAAAGAUACUCUAAUCUCAACCUUGGUUUCCAAGCAGUAUUAAAUUGUUCAUUCUCCAAAAUCUGUUAAUUAUAACAUUGUAUGGUCUAGUGUCUUAAAAUUAUCAUCUUUUCUAUCACAAUUUAAGUCUCCACUUAGUAAUAUGAAUAGUAGCUGUUGAUCCUGUUCUCUUAUUGCUGCAUGUACCUGGACUUAGUGAACUAAAAUUUGUUCCUCAAAGCGGUUUAACAUUCUUCACGAUAGAGUGGAACAGGACCCAAUCAACACUGCCUUUGCAGGUCCUGGAAAUCUGGGUGCCAAUACAUGCAGCAUGCAGGCUGGCUUCCCAGUUUUUUCCUAUGGGGCUCCUCUCCUGGAGGCAUCCUAGCAAUCCUGUCAUGCUGCCAUAGGCUUGAUUCUCCUCCCCACUCACCCUUACCCCCCAAGUUCCCUACUUCUCCUUUGGCCCUUUAUCUUUGGGAACAGUAAGCAAAUUAGCUACCAUUUCUGGAAAGAUAUAAUCACUAUCCCUGUGACUUCCCAAAAUAAAGUACGUUACCCUGGCCACUAGUACUUUGUAUAUGUUGUCUUCUAUGUUAGAAUGUAAGCUUCUUCAGCAAGGUAGCCUUUUUUUUUUUUGUAUUUGUAUCUCUAGUGCUUAUUCCAGGGGCUGAGUGAGCACUUAAUAAAGGCUUUUUCAUUUA